AUGAGUCUCUGUAAGCAAUUCAAUAAUUGGAGCAUUCCUAAAGAUAAAAAAAAACUUUCUGUUGUUAGAGGUCUUAGAGCGUGUUUUAGAUCUCAACAAAAACUAUGUUUUCAAGCAUUUUACUCCUUUUCGGAGACUGGUUCAGUUUGGCUUAUGAUCCCUGGUAUUGGAUUUUUUUAUUCUGGUAUGACUAGAGAGAAAAAUGCUUUAUCACUUAUUAUGUGUUCUGUCCUAUCACUUGUUGUUGUAUCUAUACAAUGGUUUGUUCUAGGAUAUAGUUUGACAUUUUCAAAAACAACAGUUUCAUCCAUGAUUGGAAACUUAGAUAAUGCUUUCUUUAGAAAUGUAUUAGGUGAACCCUCUAUUGGUAGUCCUAAAAUUCCAGAUAUUGUCUUUUGUGCAUAUCAAGGUAUGUUUGCUGCAUUAACUCCUGCUUUAGUCAUUGGAUCAGCUGCUGAACGUGGUCGUCUGCUGCCGAUGAUUCUUUUCAUGUUUAUUUGGUCUACAUUAGUAUAUGAUUUUAUCGUUUAUGCUGCUUGGGGUAUUCAUGGUUGGAGUGGUCAAUUGGGUUCACUCGAUUUUGCAGGUGGUACCCCUGUUCAUAUCACGAGUGGCUUUAGUAGUUUAGCUUAUACUAUUAUACUUGGUAAACGUCAUGAUCGAAAUUUUAAACCUCAUCAUGUAUCCAAUGUAGUCUUGGGUACCGCCUUGCUUUGGUUUGGUUGGUUUGGUUUUAAUGGAGGCUCUGCCUUGGCAGGGAAUGCACGCGCUGCUAUGGCUUGUGUCGUCACUCAUCUUUCUGCUUGUACGGGGGCUAUCACUUGGAUGUGUCUUGAUUAUUAUUAUCGUACUCAUCAUAAAUUUUCUGCCUUAGGAUUUUGUUCAGGGGCUGUAGCUGGGCUUGUGACGAUUACACCUGGUUCUGGAUUCGUCAGUCCUAUCUCGGCCAUCGUCAUAGGCUUCUUGGGUGCCAUCUUUUGUUAUAUUGCAGUUCAUUUGAAGGAUCGUAUGUGUUUUGAUGAUAGUAUGGAUGUAUUUGCUAUUCAUGGUGUGGGUGGUUAUGUAGGCUCCCUCUUGACUGGUAUCUUUGCAGAUCCCUCUAUAGUUGCCCUGGAUGGUCAUUCAAGCCCUCCACAGAUCGCUGGGGGUUGGGUAUAUGGUCAUCAUUGGAUGCAAGUCCCUAUUCAACUCGCUGAGGCGACUGCGGGUGCUGCCUGGUCCUUUACUAUCACCUAUAUCGUUUUAUACAUCAUGGAUCAUAUCCCGGGUCUCUCACUUCGUGUAGAUCAUCAGGUUGAGCUGGAUGGACUUGAUAUCACUGAAAUUGGUGAAUUGGCUUAUUCUCAAGUCGAUACAUUGUUCUUUAACGGUGAUAAUCAAAGGAUAGUGUCAAAGGUAGUUGAUAGAACAGAAGUAUCCGUGAAUGAAGGUGUAAUGAUAACUGACGAAAAGGACAUAGAUAAUACUAAUACUAAUACUACUAAUAAUAAUUCAAAUGCUUCUCUUUCAUUACAACAUACAACUGCUUUAAAUUAA